AUGAGAGCUGCAAGUGAAGAAAUUUUCAAGCAAAAUUUUGGGUUCAGUGAUGAUGAUUUAGACAAAUUGCUUGAUCUUUAUUCCGAAAGACUUGUUGAUCCUCUCUCGAUCUUUACUAAAUUAGAAGACAAGUCUUUUCAAAUGUUUCUUGUUCUCAAAUGCAAUAGCAGACGUGGCAUUGAUCUUUCACAAGGGAUGAUAAAAGAAGCAAUUGCUAAAGAAUUCAAUUCCGAAAACCAACUAAUCAACAACCCAAACGCCACCUUCCGCAUUAUUGACUUGGACUGUUCAGUGGGAUCCAAUAGUCUCAUUUCUGUUAAUUCCAUAAUUGAAGCAAUGGAUUUUAAAUUUGAAUCAUACUUUCAAGGCCUAGAACUUAAGCAAACUGCAACACCUGAGUUCCAAGUAUAUUUUAAUGACAUUUCAUCAAAUGAUUUUAACACUCUAUUUGCAUCGAUUCCAUUAGAAAAGCGUUACUUCGCAGCAGGUGUACCGGGUUCAUUUUACGGUCGUCUGUUUCCUCGAGCUUCCCUUCAUUUCGUUAACCCAUCAACUGCACUUCAUUGGAUUUCUAGAGUUCCAAAAAGGUCGGAAGGUGAUAUCAACUCAGCAUGGAAUAAAGGCAUGAUACAUUAUAGUAGUGCUUCAGAUGAGGUCUUUCGAGCUUAUACAGCUCAAUAUGUAAUGGACAUGGAAGAUUUUCUUCUUUCUCGUGGACACGAGAUUGAUAUCGUGGAUGAAGCUAAAGUGGAUUCCUUCAACAUGCCGUCGUACUUAACAUCACCUAAACAAGUGAAAGAAUUAGUAGAGAGAACUAGGUUUUUCACUAUAGAAAGAUUGGAGAUAUUGGAAACACUGUUUCCACCUGCAAGUGGUGCACAAAUACUUACCAACCAUAUGAGAGCUGCAAGUGAAGAAAUAUUCAAGCAACACUUUGGGUUCAGUGAUGAUGAUUUAGACAAACUGUUUGAUCUUUAUUCCGAAAGACUUGUUGAUCCUCUCUCAAUCUUUUCUAACUCAGAAGACAAGUCUUUUCAAAUGUUUCUUGGUCUCAAACGCAAUAACGUUAGUAUUGCACUGUAA